AGCCAUUAUCAAUUUUUACUUCAAAUAUUACCAAUAUUUUUACAAUUACACAAUGGAUUUUACCGAGCAUCACGACACUCUCCAGCGUAUGAAGCAGGAGGAGCAGGAUCUACACAACAAGUACCAGCAUCUACUCGGCAAGACGUUUGUCAAGAAGAAGGACUUGGUUGCAAACGGGAUUUCACUCGAUGAGAGCAAGGAGUUUAGCGUCGAGUCCCUUCCCGAAGCCCGCCGCAUUCUCCAGGGCAAUAACUGCAUGAUGACUAUGGACUACAGACCCGAUCGUUUGAAUGUAUUCCUUGACACGAGCGGUGUCUGCACUAGCAUAAACGUUGGUUGAUCGAGAAAUGCCGUUUUCCAAAAUCAAGACUUGUCUUUCAUUUGUUUUUCUUUUCACCAGCCAACAAUUGUGGAUUGUGCCAAUCUCCACGAUAGUUCUGUUGUUUUUCAGGGGGGUGGGUUUCCCCGAUUCUCCAGAUUUUCUUGUAGAUUUUUUCUUGGAUAAUUGUAGUAAAGUGGGGAUGAUUUUUCUUUACCUGUCCCCGUAUUUUAAUAAAAAUGCUCUUGUCUUUUAAAAAUAUAAGAUGAUCAAAUGACAA